GAAUAGAAAAUGUAACACAGGUCAUUGCACGUAUAAAUUAGUCUCCAAUAGCUUCGGUAAUGAACCAAGUUCAGACACAUUAAUUAGCACAGAAAUUCAGGAAGAAGAGAGUUUCGUGCAUAUCUGAUGGUACCAUUUUGGAAGAAAGUGACUCUUUUGAAAUAAGAGCCUUUGCAGAUCACAGUGAUUCUGUCAUAGGUUGUUUCAAUGGAUUCUUCUACUGCUACUACCUACACUGCAGUACCUGAAACAGAUCCCCAGAUAGAACACAUAAUUGACAUUCCUAAAGAAAUUCAGCAAGAACUGCAUCAUGAACUGUGUUGUAUUUACAAGGUUCCUCCAAAACUCAGAAAGUUGAACGAAGGUGAAGCCUAUGAACCAAUUUUGAUCUCAAUUGGCCCUUUUCACCACAACAAAAAACCAGAACUAGAGCCAAUGCAUAAACAGAAGCAAAGGUACUUUCUUUCCUUCUGGGAACGUGUCACAAACAAAAGGGCUUUGGCCAGUUACAAAACCUUCCUCACUGACAACAUUCAAACCAUCAAACAAAGGUAUUCAGAGCCAGGUUGUCUCAGCAAAGACCAGUUUGUGAACAUGAUGUUGUUAGACUCGGUCUUCAUCAUAGAGCUCUUUCUGAGAAAAUCUGAACAGAAAAAUGACCACAUAUUCACCACACCAUGGAUCUGCAAGAACAUCCAGAGAGACAUGUUACUACUUGAAAACCAGCUUCCGUUUUUUCUCAUGGAAAAUCUAUACAAAAGUGUUCACAAGCUAAGCGAUUUAACCUUUCUUGAGCUUGCAUUCAACUACUUUGAAGAUUACUAUCCACACACCACAACACCAGACAAAAAAACCAUUCUCAAGAACUUCUCAUCCUGCAACCACUUCACCGACUUGGUGAGGCGUUUCUACCUUCCAGAAAAGGUUCAUGCCAAGGAUUGGAAUCCAUCAGAACACUUCACUCCAUGCACCAAAAACGAACGUGUUCUCAAAACAGCAACAAAGUUGAACGAAGCAGGAGUUAGCUUUGAGAAAGGGCACCACAAGUGUUUGUUAGACAUAAAGUUUCAAGAGAUUCGAGUUUUGAGCUGGUUUCUCUGCCUAGGUUGUCUUCCAUGUUUCACAUGUGUAAAAGCCCGUUUCAGAAUCCCUCAGUUAAAAGUGCUUCAGACAACAGAAUGUGUUCUGAGGAACCUCAUUGCCUUGGAACAGUGUCACUAUCCAGAUCAACCCUUCAUGUGCAACUAUGUUUCUCUGAUUGAUUCACUGAUUCAUACCAAAGACGAUGUUGAGUUGUUGGUGGACAAGGAAAUCAUUGAACACGAACUUGGGUGCCACAGUGAAUUGGCAACUAUGAUCAAUGGUCUUUGCAAGCAUGUGGUUGUGAAUUGCAACUAUUAUGGGAAAAUCACAAGGAAACUCAAUGAUCACUACAAUAGUUAUUGGAAGCAUUAUAUGGGUAUGUUGAGAUCAGUGUAUUUCCGUGAUCCUUGGAGACUGAGUUCAACUGUUGUAGGAGUUGUUAUCUUCUUAUUCGCCAUUGUUAACUUUCUUCGUGUUACUGGUUUGUAUCAUCCAAAACGAUGAACUUCUUCUUGAUGUUGUGAACUGUGAUGAAA